AAUAGGUCUGUGAGUGUCGUGUAACUUGCCUGGGGGUCGACCUCUCGUGUCACGUAUAAAGGGAACUCGAGAGGCGUCGAAGGAAUCGUCCGAGAGUUGAUAUAUAUCUCCCUAUGCCUCUAGUAUAGCAGCCAUUACUCUCUCGUGCUGCUUACUAUUCACAUCCCUAUCAAAUUCUUACUGAUACCGAUAAAAACUAAAUCUCUGGCGCAACCAUGUCUUCCAAUGAGAAAUUCCAGGCUGGUGAAGCGUACGGAGAGGCCCGCCAUGAGUCGAGCGGCAGUCUUCUCGACGACCCUUUGAAGAUUGCAACCCAGCUCGUGAAGGACUAUGCUGGUGUCAGGAGCCAGGCGUCUAUACCCGAGCUCGCAGGUCUGAUCAAGCAGCUGAGGAGCAAGGGAGAACCCCUUGAUGACAAGCAGGGUACGACCGAGCUCUUGAUCGGCAUCCUCACAGGUCUCCCUUCUACAUCCAAGAUCAGGACCCAGCUUACCAACAAACUCAUCGACACUCUCUGGGACAGCCUCCAACACCCGCCCCUGAGCUACGUUGGCGGCGAUGUCAAGUACGAGGUCGUUAACCCCAAGGAGCCCCAACCCCACCAGUCGACGAAGAGCUAUGAUACCAUUGAGUUCAAGGCCCCUGAUAGCGACGUGGUCCUGCGUGAACACGUGCCACAAGGUCCGGAUGGUCUCUUUCAAUACCGAAUGCCUGACGGGAGCUUCAAUAACAUCCUCGAGCCGAACUUGGGCAAGGCCGGCACCCCUUACGCCAAGUCGGUCAGGACACUCAAGCGACUUCACGGAGUCAAACCAGACCCCGGUCUUCUCUUCGACCUCCUGAUGGCUCGAGAUGAUGAGAAUUUCAAGGAGAACCCGGCUGGCGUGUCGUCCAUGCUCUUCUACCAUGCCUCCAUCAUCAUCCACGACAUCUUCCGGACCAGCCGUACCGACAUGAACAAAUCCGAUACGUCGUCGUACCUCGACCUGGCGCCCCUGUACGGGUCCUCUCUCAAAGACCAGCUCGAGGUCCGCACCAUGAAGCACGGCAAACUGAAGCCCGACACCUUCCACGAGAAGAGGCUGCUGGGUCAACCCGCGGGCGUCAACGUCAUGCUCGUCCUCUACAGCCGUUUCCACAACUACGUCUGCGACGUCUUGCUCCAGAUCAACGAGAACGGACGCUUCACGCUGGCGUGCAGCGAGGAUGCCUCGCCGGAGGACAAGGCCCGGGCUGCGGCCAAGCAGGACCACGACCUGUUCAACACGGCUCGCUUGAUCGUCGGUGGGCUGUACAUCAACAUCUGCCUACACGACUACCUCCGGGCCAUCACCAACACGCAUUGUUCCGAUAGCGACUGGACGCUGGACCCCCGUGUGGAGAUUGGCAAGCAGUACGACGGCGAGGGCACGCCUCGUGGUGUUGGCAACCAGGUCAGCGUCGAGUUCAACCUUUUGUACCGCUUCCACGCCUGCAUCUCCAAGAAGGACGAGCGGUGGAUUAACACGUUCUUCCUCAAACUCUUCCCUGGACGUAGCCCGGACGAUCUGCAGAACGUCAGCUGGGUAGAACUGGGUGAAGCUCUGUUGGAGUUUGAGCAGAGCAUUCCCAAGGAUCCGAGCGCUCGCACCUUUGACGACCUCGAGCGUCAGGAGGAUGGGACGUUCAAGGACGAAGACCUCGUGCGCAUCCUCAAGGAGGCUAUGGAGGACCCGGCGGGUUGCUUUGGCGCCCGUAGGAUCCCCAAAGCGCUGAAGAUUGUCGAGAUUCUCGGCAUCAACCAGGCGCGCAAGUGGCAAGUCGCUUCUCUCAACGAGUUCCGUGAAUUCUUCGGCCUCAAGCGCCACGAGACGUUCACUGAUAUCAACCCAAAUCCCGACAUAGCCGGCAUCCUCGAGAAGCUGUACACCGACCCUGACAUGGUGGAGCUCUACCCCGGACUCAUGGUCGAAGACGUCAAACCCGUCCGUCACCCCGGGUGCGGCAUCUGCCCUAACUACACCCUCGGCCGCGCUGUUCUCUCGGACGCCAUAACGCUGGUGCGUUCGGACCGGUUUAAUACCCUCGACUACACCGUCUCCAACCUGACGGCCUGGGGCUACAACGAAGUCCAACAGGACCCUAAAACCCUCGGCGGUUCCAUGCUAUACAAGCUCAUCCAGCGCGGUCUCCCCGGUUGGUUCCCCUUCAACUCCGUCGCCGUCAUGCAGCCCAUGUACACGAAGAAGGCCAACGAGGCGAUCGCCCGGAAAAUUGGGACCAUCGACCAGUAUACGCUGGACGACCCCAAGCCUCCUCGCAAGGCCGUUGUCGUUUCCACCAGCGCCGCCAUCAAGGAGGUGCUCGGCGACCCGGCCAAGUUCGUCGUGCCGUGGCUGCAGCCCACCAACGACAUCUUCCCCGGUCCGAAGGGUAAGGACCUGGGCUGGUUCAUGUUGGCGGGCGACCAGCCCCGGAACCGGGAGAAUCGGAGCGACAUGACCAAGGCGAUGAGCAAGAUUCCGAACCUGCACGAGGCGGUGCAUGAGUUUAUUGAGAGGGUGGGUGCGCAGCUGGUCGAGAAGGAGACCUUCACUUUCAAGGAGGGGCUCCAUCAGAUCGACCUGAUCCGCGACGUCGCUAUCCCCCUUAACGCGCAGCUGCUGGCUGAUAUGUUCUACUUUGACCUUCGCACCGAUGAGAAUCCUGAUGGCACGCUCAGUCAUGCUGAGCUUUACCGUCACCUGCUCAAUAUCCGUGUUUGGGGCGCUAAUAACAAUGACCCUGGGCAGGCUUUCAACCGUCGUCGGAGGGCGCAGGAGGGUGCAGACGUCAUUAUCAGCUCGACCCGGAAGCUCGUCGACGAGGUCUCGCGCAGCCGUGGUUUGGGAUUCGGCGUUGCUUCUGCACUGUCCUCCGUCUUCACCCGGAAGGCGUAUCUUCAGAAGAACUCACUUCGCUCGUGUGGUCUCAAGCUUGUUGAGGAGUUGUUGGCACAGGGCUACUCUGCUGAGAAGAUCGUCGAUACCAUGUGGCUGACGGCUUUUGGUGGCGUUGGAGUACCUGUUACUUUGUUCUACGAGGUCAUGGAGUAUUUCCUCCACAAGGACAACGCUUCUAUCUGGGCCGAAGUCCAGAAGUUGACACACAGGAACGACGACGCCGCCCUUCAUGCUUACGUCGAAGAGGCACAGCGUCUCACGAGCUCGCAGCGUAACGUGCGCGUUGCGACGCAGCCGGCUGAGCUGGAGGGCAAGUCGAUCCAGCCAGGUAACGUUGUUAUUAUGCUCAUCGGUGAGGCUGGUCGUAACCCCAAUGAGGUCGUCGACGCGAAUACAUUCAAUCCGAACCGCAAGACGGAUGCUGUGGGUGCCUUUAGCUACGGGUCCCACGAGUGCUUCGGCAAACACAUUGCUAGCACGUUCGUCACUGGGCUUGUCAAGCUCGUGGCUGAUCUCAAGGGCCUGCGUCCCGCACCGGGCAAGAUGGGCGAGGUCAAGACGGUCAGCAUUGGAGGGGAGAAGUCCUACCUCAACGACAGCUGGUCCUACCUUAGUUUCGACCCGAGCACUUGGAAACUUCACUUUGAUGGCCGGGGAGAGGGCACAUUUGAGGGCGAUAGGGAGCCUACGAAGGCGACUGACCUGCAGCAGUACUACUUUGGGAUUCAGCAGCGCAAGGCUAAGUUCUUUGGUUAGAACUAUGGACGUGGAUACGUGAUAGGAAUGUCAGAAUGAAAUCAAUGAAUGAGAAAUUUAUGCACAUGUGAGGACUCAGGGGCUGUUAAGGGAGGAAAAGACGGUGAUUCCAUCAAUGUUUACCGCCUCCAUAAUAAACCAAGUCAUGGAGCUGCAGUUACCCAAGAGUCCAAGACAUUCUUCUAGCAAGUUCCAGCGUAUUCUGUUGACUUUUCUGUAUCUUCUUGGCAAGGCAGAGUGGAAGCUUAAGCCGUGUCCUUUACAUGAUGGUCAUCCAUCUGUUCAGUACAGACGAUAGUGUCUGGUAUCAUCGUGGUCCAACAUAAGCGAAUAGGGGGG